AGGCAAAGUCCAUGUCAAAAUGGCUGCACUUAACCAUGUCCAUUUCCACGACUUACCAGAUUUAAUUCUCUUCAAUAUAUUCUCCUUAGUUACUGACACUCGUACCCGCAAUGCCAUUUCUCUUGUAUGCCUCAAAUGGCACCUGCUAGAGCGAUCAACUCGCACUUCCCUUGCUCUCCGGGGCAACAUUCGCGACCUCUUCCUUCUGCCAACUUGUUUCCAAGCUGUAACCAAUCUUGACCUCUCUUUGCUCUCCCCUUGGGGCCUUCCACUCUUGGAUUACUCAUCCCCUAACUCAAUACUAUUUGCUCAACUUUUUCGCCAAGCCUUCCCUUCCAUUGUUUCUCUUACAAUAUAUGCUCGAAACCCUUCAAUUCUCUAUCUUUUUGCUCCUCAAUGGCCUAAUCUACGCCAUGUUAAGCUCAUACGUUGGCAUCAACGUUUGUCUAUUCCUCUUGGUUUUGAUUUCCUCCCACUGUUUGAGCAUUGCCUUUCACUUUCUUCUCUUGAUCUCUCUCAUUUCUAUUGCUGGACAGAAGAUCUCCCUCCUGCACUUAAAACCUACCCUAAAGUUGCAGCUUCUAUCUCCUAUCUCAAUAUCCUUAUUACCUAUUCUUACGCUGAGGGAUACAAGUCCCAUGAGCUCCUUGCCAUUACAUCUGCCUGCCCGAAUCUCCGUCAGUUUCUGGCAACUUGUUUAUUUGACCACAGACUCGUUGGGUUUGUUGGGGAUGAAACUUUGCUAUGUCUUGCUUCGAAUUGUCCUCUUCUUUCUCUUCUUCACCUUGUAGAUGCUACUUCGUUGUCAAACGCCAGGGAGAACCCUGACGAUGAGGGUUACGCCACUGAAGACGCUGGAAUCAGCCAUGCAACGCUCGCGGGCCUUUGUGCUGGAUUACCACUGCUUGAGGAGUUGAUUCUUGAUGUUUGUCACAAUGUUAGAGAUACCGGAUCAGCAUUGGAAGUACUUAAUUCCAAGUGCCCGCGGCUUAAAUCUUUGAAGCUGGGACAUUUCCAUGGGAUUUGCAGGGGACUAGAUUCACAGCUAAAUGGGAUUGCACUAUGUUCCAGGUUGGAAUCCCUGUCUAUCAAGAACUCUGCUGAUUUAACCGAUUCUAGCUUGAUAGCUAUCUCACUUGGCUGCCCGAGACUGACCAAGUUUGUGGUGCAUGGUUGCAAAAGGAUCACAGAGAUAGGAUUCAGAAAGUUUUCUUCCAUCCUUAAGAGAACUUUAAUUGAUGUGAAAAUCUCUUGCUGUAAGCAUCUCAAUGCUGUGUGUUCCUUACGUGCACUAGAACCAAUUCGAGGCCAAAUACAACAAUUGCACAUAGAUUGUGUAUGGGAAAGUGUCCAACGAUUAGAAGGGGAUCUGAAUCAAAUUGCUGGAAACAAAUCUAUCCAACCAGAAAAGCAUCUGGACAAUAAGUUCUCUUCAAGGACAUGGGCAAAGUUGCAUUAUCUUUCGCUUUGGAUUUCUGUUGGGGAGCUUCUGAGUCCAUUGACUUCAUCAGUGGGCUUAAAUGACUGUCCUGUACUAGAAGAGAUACAAAUACGAAUCGAAGGUGACUGCAGGCAGCAAUCAUGGCCUUCCAUGCAUGCAUUUGAACUGAGCUCCCUUGAGUGUUAUCCUAGGCUCUCAAAGAUGAAACUGGAUUGUGGAGGUACUAUUGGUUAUGCUCUUACUGCUCCUUAUGGGUAUGCGGAUUUGAGCCUGUGGGAGCGAUUUUAUCUUAAGGGGGUUGGGAAUUUGAACCUCACUGAGCUUGAUUAUUGGCCUCCACAGGACAGAGAGAUUAAUCAUAGAGCUCUCUCUCUCCCAGCAGCAGGAUUGCUUGCACAAUGUGGGACACUCAGAAAGCUUUUUAUUCAUGGAACGGCUAGCGAACACUUGAUGAUGUUUCUCUUGAAAAUACCAACUCUCAGGGAUGUACAGCUAAGAGAAGAUUACUAUCCUGCUUCAGAAAAUGAUUUCAGCACCGAAAUGCGAGUGAGCUCAUGUUGUCGAUUUGAGGACGCCCUCAAUAGGCGUAAGAUCCCUGACUGAAAAUUGGGAGUCAAAGCUUCUCAUAGCGUAGACAUACAUUCAUAAAAAAUAGCUAACUAAAUAGAAAUAGUUAUUCCAUUUCA